CUCCGUAACUAUUUACACUUCAGGUUACAAUAUCCGGUUUCAUACUUUGGGAAUUAAAGUAGUGGUUUCUUUCCUCAUGGACGUGACGUAAUAGUCAUGGUUCACGGGUUAGGGUCAUGUUCUAGCUAGUACAAUAAUGCAACUAAACUACUCAUUGAUGAUUGAUGUUUCUUAAAAUAAAAAAGAAGAAGAGAAAAGUAGCUUUGGUGAUCAUUAUAUUCCAUCGAGCCUAACCAUCUAGCCAUUUAUGCCUGCCUUUGGAAGCUGGUGCUCCAUAAAGCCAAGGGCAAGAACACCUUUUGCAAACCAACACCCUCAACACCUCUUGUUCCCUUGCCUAUGACAUAACUAUGGAGAUUGUAACAGGAGCAAUAAACACUCUGCUCCUCAAAUUUGCGAAGCUGCUGGUUGGGGAGUACAAGCUGCAGAAGGGCGUGAAGAAGGAGAUCGAGUCCCUCCAGGAGGAGUACGUUGGUAAGCUUGGGUGCGGCACUCCACAAGGUAUCCGAGGUGCCCGUCGAUCAGAUCGACGAGCAGGUUAAGAUUUGGGUGAGAGAUGUUAGGGAGCUGUCCUACGACAUCGAGGAUUCUAUCGAUACCUUCAUGGUGAGUGCCGGUAAGGAUGGGCACCCCGUUGCCAAGUUGUUCAGCUUCAAGGGGAUGAUUGACAGGACUAACAACUUAUUCAAGAAGGUUGUGGCUCACCAUCAGAUUGCAAGGGAGAUAAAGGACAUCAAGAAACUUCUUGAGGAUGCGAGUAAGCGCCGCGAGAGGUACAAGAUUGAUGAUGCUGUCAUUGCACGAAGAUCGGAGAGUAUUGAUCCUCGGCUAGGUGCUAUGUACAAAAAGGAGACGGAGCUAGUCGGUCUCGAUGGGCCAAAGAAUGUGCUAGUGAAGACACUCAUGGAGGAAGAUGGAAAAUUGAGGAAACACCGAGAUAUAAUUUCGAUUGUUGGAUUUGGAGGCCUCGGCAAGACAACGAUUGCCAACGCAUUGCUUCAUGAGCUCAGAGUAAAGUUUGAUUGCCAUUUCUUUGCAUUGGUGUCCAACAAAUCUGAUAUCAGGAAUAUUCUAAAGAGUAUACUCCAUCAACUUGACAACAAAGCCAACAUAUUUGAAGGACUAGCAGACUUCCAACUUAUAAAUAAAAUUAGAGAAAUCCUGCAGAAUAAGAGGUACAUUUAUGUAUAUAACUUUUCAAUUAUUCACAUUGAUUUAUCAUGAACAUAUUUAUUUCAUUUUUAAGUUGCCAACAUGAAACAUUCAUUUAAAUUUUGUACACUAUUUUUACCUAUGCAUUUUCAAUUUGCUAGCAUACCUAAUGACUGAUUACAUGUCUUAGUUACUCCAAUUGUUUCCUUGACGUUGAACUGUUAGUGUAAUAUCAUCUCGACGAACCAAACAUAACAAAUCAUGUAAGAGGUAAAAAAAUAGAUUAAACUAGACCAAACCUAAUAAUACAAUUACUCCUAAACGAUGAGGAAUUAACCAAUGGAACUUUACAAAAUUCUUUCUUAGCGUACUAGAAAGUUUUUUAGGUUUAUUAUCUUGAAAAAAAUGGUGCUAAGCGAAAAAAGAAAAAGAAAAUGAAGACACUAAGAAAAAGCAACAAGACACUUCUGGAUGCUUAAACUUGUUCUUUAUUGAAUUAAGUAAUUUGUUCACAAGGUGUAUCCGCAACACCCAAAACCGCUCAAAAUACACUCUCCCCCACCCCCCUCCCCCCCCAAAGAACAAUUCAACCCAGUUUGAACAGUUGUUUUUGCAAAGUUAAGUGAUUAGAAUCCAAAACAUUUACUUUUUAACUAAGCAUGCACCCACUUAGAAAAAUAAAAAUUAGUUCCCACAUAAAAAACAUAUUAUUAGGAUGCCAACAUGAAAACCACCAUUACCAGGUUGAAGGGGUAUUCUAACCAAUUUUAAUAGUUAAGGGUAUAAGUUGUCCAGUAUCGUAGUUGACAUUGAUUUCUUAACUUCUAGACUUGGCAAAUAGUUAAGGUGGGUUAAAUACUUAAAUGGACUUCACUCUUUAUAAAAUUUAGCACCCACCAUGUUAAGAUAAAUUUAGAUAUCGCCUAGUCUCAAACUUCUACUAUGACCUAAUACAUGAAUAUUGUAGGCAGAUUUGAAUUUUUUUUUUUGUGAAAGAGAUUUAAUGGUUUCAUUUACAAGUUACAAAUCUUAGUACCAUUUGAUAUAUUGUACUCUCUGUUUCAGGUUAUAAGAUAUUUUGACUUUACUGCUUCAAGUUUGACUAAGUUUAUAGAAAAAAAAUAGUAAUAUAUUUGACUCAAGAUAAAUUUAUUAUAAAAAUAUAUUUUA